CUUCAGCAUUUGCCUUCAGCAUGGCCAUCGAGACGUACAACACUCGCCCCAAGAUUCUCAUCCCGGAGAAGGUUUCGCCGGAUGGCCUGGCGCUGCUAAAGGAGAGCUUCGAGGUAGAUGAGAGGAAGGGACUUAGCGCAGAGCAGCUGAAAGAGAUUAUUGGACAGUAUGAAGCGUUGAUCGUGAGGAGCGAGACAAAGGUUACGGCGGAGCUGCUGGGGGCUGCAAAGAAGCUGAAGGUUGUAGCGAGGGCUGGCGUUGGUGUCGACAAUGUCGAUGUCAAGACUGCGACGUCGUUGGGUAUCAUUGUCGUCAAUUCGCCGAGUGGGAAUAUCAAUGCCGCUGCCGAACAUACCAUUGCUCUCCUGAUGGCAGUGGCUCGGAACGUGGCAGAUGCGAGUCAGAGCAUCAAGGCUGGGAAAUGGGAACGAAGCCGCCUGACGGGUAUUGAAGCAAAGGGAAAGACCCUGGCGAUCGUUGGGCUGGGCAAGGUGGGUCUCACCGUAGCUCGGAUCGCCAAUGGCUUCGGUAUGCGAUUGAUCGCCUACGACCCAUACGCAAACGAGAACCUGGCAACAGCAGCAUCAGUGACCUUACUACCCAACCUGGCCGACCUCCUCACACAAGCCGAUUUCCUGACUCUUCACACCCCACUGAUUGCGUCUACCAAGGGCAUGAUUUCCAGAGCCGAGCUAGCCACGAUGAAGCCUACAGCACGAAUCUUGAAUGUUGCAAGAGGAGGUAUGAUCGACGAAGAUGCCCUCGUGGAAGCCCUAGACGCUGGCACGAUCGCGGGCGCCGGGAUCGACGUGUGGACUUCUGAGCCUCCAGAGGCCGACUCAUCAGCGAGUCGCCUCAUCGCGCACCCAAAAGUCGUUGCAACACCACAUCUCGGAGCCAGUACCAAAGAAGCCCAAGAAAACGUCUCCAUCGACGUCUGCGAGCAAGUCGUCUCCAUUCUCUCCGGCGAGCUCCCUCGCUCAGCCGUCAAUGCACCCAUCAUUCUCCCAGAAGAGUACCGCACCCUCCAGCCUUUCGUCACGCUCCUCGAAAAGAUGGGCUCCCUGUACACCCAGCACUACUCGGGCAAAGUGAACGCCGCCAGCUUCCGCACCACAUUCGACAUUACCUAUGAAGGCGCACUGGCCGAGCUCAACACCACCAAGCCCCUCUUCGCUGCCCUCGUAAAAGGCCUGCUCUCCCCCAUCAGCGAAACACUAAACAUUAACAUUGUGAACGCGGAACUAGUGGCAAAGGAGCGCGGCAUCCUCAUCAACGAACAGCGCAGCCGUGAGAACGUGGAUGCUAAACCGUACUCGAGUUUCAUCACGCUGCGCGCUCGUGCCAGCCGCUCCUCGUCGCAGGCGCGCCAGGGACGUUCAGCUAGCCCACUCUCCUCGCGCGUACCGCAGGCCCAGCCGCCAGCUACCGGCCAGGCGCAGCUCACUCCCAAUACCCAGGCUCCAGCGAAGGAGACUUCGGAGCAAGUCAUCCAAGGCUUCGUUUCAGGCAACAAACCAUUCAUCUCACGGUUGGACCGGUUCAGCGGCGAGUUUGUCCCCCAGGGCACGCUGCUGAUCUGCCGCAACUUCGACUCCGUCGGCAAGAUCGGGUAUGUGGGCAACUUGUUGGGGAAGGCUGGUGUCAACAUCAAGUUUAUGAAUGUAGCGCCGUUGCAUGAUGCGGACGAGGAGGAGGGAAGCGGAAGUAAAGAGGCGCUCAUGAUACUUGGGGUUGAGGGAGAAGUUACGGAGGCGGUGAGAAAGGGGCUAAUUAGUGAGGAGGGGGCGUUGGAGGCGAGUUUGGUCGUGUUGUAG